UUCCAUUGCAUGCCAAAAAAACAUGAGCAAAGAGAAAUUGCUUCUGUUUCAUCGUUUCAACGAUGAAAAGAGUAGUUUCCAUUCGUUGCGCGUUAGGGUUGUGCAGCUAUGGAGCGACUAUUGGGGUUUCUUCAAGAAAGCAUUGGAAAUGGGAAGAAAAGACCCCCGGAAAAUAAUAUAUGCCGUCAAGAAUGGCUUCGCGUUGGCCGUUGUAUCAUUGUUAAUAUUUUGGAAAGACCCUCUUUCCGACGUCUCCCAGUUCGCAAUUUGGGCAAUCCUCACUGUCAUUGUCAUGUUCGAGUUUAGUAUAGGAGCAACUUUCAUCAAGGGGUUCAACCGUGGAUUGGGUACGUUUUGUGCUGGAAUGCUCGUCUUUCUCUUUGCUGAGCUGGCGAUCCUAGCUGGAGAUUGUGAAAAGGUCGUAAUCGUUAUAAGUUUCUUCAUCAUUGGAUCAAUUGCAUCGUACUUAAAACUGUAUCCGACAAUGGCACCGUACGAAUACGGAUUCCGAGUAUUCGUACUGACUUAUUGUAUACUAAUGGUGGCUGGGAACAGAACUAGGGAAUACACAACGGCAAUUUUAACUAGAUUGGUUCUUAUUGCCGUCGGUGCUUGUAUUUGCUUCAUCAUCAACAUUAGUAUUUACCCCAUUUGGUCUGGCGAUGAUUUGCACAGCUUGGUCGUCAAUAAUUUCAAGGACCUUGCUACUUCUUUGGAAGGUUGUGUGAAUGGAUACUUGAAAUACGUCGAAUACGAAAGAGCACCGACUAGGUUUUCAACUCAAGCAACGGAGGAUCAACUCUAUUAUAAAUCAGUGAUAGAAUCUGCAACCAAAGAAAAAACAUUGUUAGGGUUUGCUGUAUGGGAACCGCCACAUGGGCGGUACAAGAAACUUGGUCAUCCAUGGACGACUUAUGUCAAAGUAAGCACUGCAGUGAGGCAUUGCGCGUAUACUGUCAUGGCACUACAUGGAUGCAUUUUAUCAGAGAUCCAGGCGCCGCCAGAGAAAAGGCAGAUUUUCCGCAGCCAGCUGCAAAGCGUCAGCGCGGAAGGGGCAAGAGUUCUCCGCCAACUGGGGGAUAAAAUAGAAAAGAUGGAGAAAAUAGGUACAUCGGAAAACAUACUCAAACAAGUGCACGAGGCCGGCGAACAAUUGCAGAAGAAGAUCGACCAGAGAUCGUUUCUUCUCGUCAAUUCCGGAAACUGGGAAAUCGGAAACCCCACAAACACGGAGCUCGAUUAUCAGGACGACGACGUCGUCUCGAUCGAAAGGGGACAACAACACGAUUCUCUGCAAUUGGGCUUCAAAUCGCAGAGCGAAGCAGCGAUUCACAUACCUUCGUCUCUAACAUUCGUCAAAAGUUUGGCGAAUAAAGAUCUGAAGAAGAAACCGCAAACGCUGAGAAAGCUUGUUCCGUGGCCGUCGUGGAUCUCGUUCGAAGGAGCCGGUCUGAUCAAAGAAGACGAAGUGAAGACUUACCAGAGCGCCAGCGCGUUGUCGUUGGCCACGUUUGCUUCGCUGCUGAUUGAAUUUGUGGCGCGGCUUCAGAAUGUGGUUGAUUGCUUCGAGGAGCUCAGUGAAGAAGCGGGGUUCGCAGAUCCCGAUGUCGUGCUUUUGGAAGAACGACGCUUUGGCCAUUGGGCAAGACUCUGUACCUUUAGGUUCAAGGCCUAAAGUUUUUUUUUUAUUUUUUUUUAUUUUUUUAUUUUAUAGUAGACGUAUAAGAUGUCAAAUUUGUUGAUAUUAGUUAUACAUUUUUUUUCAUCCAAUUUGUAUUUCAUUAUGAUUGUCGAAAUUCGAAUUAUGUAUAAGAUGUUGAUGGAAAUUAUGUAUAAAAUGUCGAAAUUGCGAAAUCAAAGUCCACGUAGUUUUCUUA